ACACAAGUAAAGCUUUUAUUACCAAAAUUAAUGUGUCCUAUAACAGAGCCGAAAACAUUUGGCUAAAUAUUUCCAACCUAUUGGAUCCAAAUCUUAAUAAACUCAAUCACAUCAUUGUGUUCUAGCAUGAUGAUUGUCCAGCCCACGGUCACCAUGUAACCAAUGCUGGGGACAGGAUCCAGACCAUCUUUUGGCAUGUUAAGUUCCAACUUCUUGAAGAAUUUCCACAAGCAGCAAGCUUUACUUCAUGUCGGUUUCUAAGACAUGUAGUAAAAUUUGAGGAAGGUUUUCCGAUCCCAUAUCAGUCGAUUGGUGUUUGGAGAGGCGACCCAUUGGGAGCUCAAAACAAGUGGCUUCUACUAUCACACCCAUUACGAGUUUUCUAAUAUACGUUCUCACUUCUCACACUCGUUCUAGAAAAGUAUGUAACCUCUUCCUAUAAUUUUUUUUUUGUUGAAAUUGUAUUUAUGGUUUUAAUUAAUACAAAUGUUAGGAAUGAUGACUACGAUAUUGAAAUACGAAUUAAAUCCAAUUUGAUUUCUGUGAUCUACAUAAGAAUUUUGUAAUGCACUCGAUAUAUAUAUGGUAAGGAAAAGGGAACAAGUUAGCUGGCAAGAUCUCAUCCAUCGUACCGUUAUUUGUUCAACACUACCAUCUCAAGAUCUGCCAAAAAGUGUUUGGUAAGAGGACUCAAUUGAAAGACACAACAAUUUCCAAGCACCUAAUCAGAACUUCUCCUCCUACUCCUUCCGUCCUGAAAAGGUCAAACACACAGGAAUAGGGACCAAAUGUAGAAACUGUUCGGGCGGCGGCUGGCCGAGUUUGACGAGUUUGCUUCUGUCAGUCGACGCAGACAGAAGAAGAAAGCAAAGAGAGUUUGGUGAGCCAACGCCAUCUAAAACGUCUUUUUUUCUCUUCAAGUGCAAACGAGCAACUGAAUUAAUAAAGGAGACAGAGAAGAAGAAGGAAAUUGUUUUCUGUCUUCCUUUCUCCUUCUUUCCUGCUUUCUUAACUUCGUUCUGAUCGUUCGCUCUGCUCAAUUCCGAUAUUCAAAACCCACUUCACCUGCUCUCCCCCCUCUCUAUUUUCUCUGCUCAACGAUUAGUGGUGGUUAGUUUCAACAUCUCUCUGCUUUUUGGGUUCUCUGAGUUUACCCUCUGUGAUUCUGUUUUGGCGACGUUUUGUUGUGAUUGCUCGAUUUCGACAGAAACUGAGUUUUGGGAGUUUGAGUUGGUUUGGUGAAGUGGAUUGGAUCGGUCAUUGGUGUCACAAAAAAUUUUGGCACAGAGGAAAGUGAUCAGGAGGAAAAAUGGGAUCAGGAGGAGGGCAAUGGAUAGUGGAGAAGAGAUCUAGUUUCAGGAGCGAGCCGCUUGAGGUGAAUGUGCCUGAAACUGGAUGCCUCUCAAUCGUUGUCCUUGGUGCUUCUGGUGAUCUCGCCAAGAAGAAGACAUUUCCUGCUCUUUUCAAUCUAUACCGCCAGGGAUUUCUUCAAUCAAAUGAAGUUCACAUUUUUGGAUAUGCAAGGACUAAGAUUUCAGAUGAUGAUCUCAGAAACCGCAUCCGCAGUUAUCUGGAGAAGGGUUCAGCGAAAUCUGAGGAAGUAUCAGAAUUCUUACAACUGGUCAAAUAUGUUAGUGGUUCUUAUGACACCGAGGAAGGAUUUCGGCUGUUGGAUAAGGAGAUCUCACUUCAUGAAGAGUUCAGAAACAGCACGGAAGGAUCAUCUCGAAGGCUGUUCUAUCUUGCACUCCCCCCUUCAGUUUAUCCAGUGGUUUGCAGGAUGAUCAAGCUAUGUUGCAUGAACAAAUCUCAUCUUGGUGGGUGGACUCGGAUAGUUGUUGAGAAGCCAUUUGGCAAGGACUUGGAUUCUGCAGAGAAACUGAGCAACCAGAUUGGAGAGUUGUUUGAGGAACCUCAACUAUACCGUAUUGAUCACUAUUUGGGGAAAGAAUUAGUGCAGAACUUGUUGGUGCUGCGCUUUGCGAAUCGCUUCUUUUUGCCUCUUUGGAACCGUGACAAUAUUGACAAUGUUCAGAUUGUCUUCCGAGAGGAUUUCGGAACUGAAGGCCGUGGUGGAUAUUUUGAUGAAUAUGGAAUUAUCAGAGAUAUCAUUCAAAAUCACCUAUUGCAAGUUCUGUGUCUUGUUGCUAUGGAAAAGCCCGUUUCUUUGAAGCCUGAACACAUUCGAGAUGAAAAAGUCAAGGUUCUUCAAUCAGUAAUGCCAAUCAAAGAUGAAGAGGUUGUGCUGGGUCAAUAUAAUGGUUACAGAGAUGACCCAACAGUUCCUGACCACUCAAACACCCCUACAUUUGCUACGGUCGUAUUAAGAAUCCAUAACGAGAGAUGGGAAGGUGUUCCUUUUAUCCUAAAGGCAGGGAAAGCAUUGAAUUCAAGAAAGGCAGAGAUACGUGUUCAGUUCAAGGAUGUUCCUGGCGAUAUUUUUAGAUGCAAGAACCAGGGAAGAAAUGAGUUUGUUAUACGCCUGCAGCCAUCAGAAGCCAUGUACAUGAAACUUACAGUUAAGCAGCCCGGGCUGGAGAUGUCAACGGUUCAAAGCGAGCUAGACUUGUCCUAUGGACAACGUUAUCAACAGGUCACCAUCCCAGAAGCUUACGAACGCCUGAUUCUUGACACAAUCCGAGGCGAUCAGCAGCAUUUCGUUCGCAGAGACGAGUUGAGGGCGGCAUGGGAGAUUUUCACGCCACUUCUGCACAGGAUCGAUGAUGGCGAGUUCAAGCCCCUCCCGUAUCAGCCGGGAAGCCGGGGUCCUGCAGAGGCAGAUGAGCUUCUGGAGAGAGCUGGAUAUGUUCAAACACACGGCUACAUUUGGAUUCCCCCAACACUAUGAAGGAAAAACUGUGACGUGACCGUGUUUGCUUUGCUCGGAAAGCUGUACUACUUAUAUCAAUACACAACAAUGUGGGCGGUUCUCCUUGUGUCAUAAGGAUUGCUUGUUCUAAGCCAGCUGAGAGUGUAAUGUAAAACUAAUUUGCAUAAAAAGCUCCCUUUGGAGCCUGCUGUGCGGUGUUUGUAUUAAGCAUCGGUAGUGAAAUAAAUGUUUUGUAUUGUAGAGUUGAAGCUGUUACAAUAGUAAUAGAGCACUACUUACAGGUUGCCGCCAUGUCACGUCCGUCUUAUGAAUCAUUAGCGGAGUUAUAUUGGUAGAUAUAUAAUACGGUCCAAGUUGAAUUCAUGAUCAUACAUGUCAUUUUGGAAAUUUCGAGCUAUUUUGAUCUGAAUGG